CAUGAGCUCGCCGGCUGCCUCUCCCUUUCUGGGGCUGCACAUCACCUCGCCUCCCAAUUUCAGGUUAACCCAUGACAUAAGCUUGGAGGAGUUUGAAGAUGAAGACUUGUCAGAAAUAACAGAUGAAUGUGGGAUUAGUCUGCACUGUAAGGAUGGCCUGGCUACAAGGGUAAGAUCUCAUGUGACCCUGGAGACCAAUAAUGCUGCGACAACAAGCGGAAAUGAUGCCUGCACUAUCCAGGCAGAGAUGCUGCAGCUCGACCUGAUUGAUGCUGUUGAUAUCGAGGAAGAGGACAACGGUCCUCUGAAAGAAUCGAAGCCUGUCAGCAUGGCAUCUUACAAACCCAAGCGGCCCACGACCUUGAAUCUUUUCCCACAAGUUCCUCGUACUCCGGAUACACUGAACAACAACUCAUUUGGUAAAAAGUACAGCUGGCAAGAAAAGGUCUCCCGAUCAUCAUCCCCACUCAAAACAGGAGAUGUGACUCCCACUCACGGAUGCCUCGGAGAUGAGGUGAAACCAGCAAGUGGCACCACUGACAAAGGGACAUCAACUUCCCAGGUCAGCACCUGCAGGCGGGCGCCAACAGGACAGAGCGAGACUGCAGCUUCCAAAGCCAUGGGAUGCUCUGUGACAGCAACGGCCUCUAACCAGCGGGCGAAGGAUAAUGAAAGCCAACAUGACGAGCACAUCCGGUACCAAACACAGGUGCCAAUUGAGGCGACCGAGGAGAUCUACCUAACUCCGGUGCAAAGGAACUCUGACUCGUCUGAAAACGAGAAACCUUUCCUCUCUCAGUCCAAUGAGAACCGCAUGUCCAUCAGUUCAGAUGUGGACUUUGCCCACUGCCUGACCCUGCCGGGGAACCCAAAACCAUCCAUCAGCGAAGAGGACGAAGUGCUCUCCUGCCUUUCCACAUCUCAUAGCUGCUCGCUGCCACGAACCUCAGUCAAUGCAGAGCAGCUCUGUCCACGGACCUCAGUCAGCUCCGACAGUGCGCUGUCCUAUGACUCUGUUAAAUACACUCUGGUUGUGGAUGACAACAUGCAGUUGGAGCUGGUGAGCCUAAAGCACUGUUACUCAGGGUACAGUGAUGACAGCGAUUCAGCAACCGUCUAUGACAACUGCGUUACGUCGCCGUACGAGUCUGCAAUUGGGGAGGAAUAUGAGGAGGGUGUACCGAAGAGGGACUCUAUCUGUCUGUCAGAAGACUCCACGCCAGAAGCAGAUAUUCCUUUCUCCAAGAAAUUCCUCAAUGUUUUUAUGAGUGGAAGAUCAAGGACGUCCAGUGCAGAAUCCUUUGGAUUAUUUUCAUGUACAAUAAAUGGAGAAGAAAGAGAUCAAACACACAGAGCAGUAUUCAGAUUUGUGCCUCGGCAUGAUGAUGAGCUGGAGUUAGAGGUCGAUGACCCUCUCCUCGUAGACAUGCAGGCUGAUGAUUACUGGUACCAUGCCUACAAUAUGCGAACAGGUGAAAGAGGAAUCUUCCCAGCAUACUAUGCACUCGAAGUCAACAUGGAACGAGGACAGUUUGCAGCAGUAGCAGAAAAGAAUGACUGGGUAGAUAAAUUCCAUCUGAAAUUCUUGGGUUCAGUCCAAGUGCCAUACCAUAAAGGGAAUGAUGUACUGUGUGCAGCCAUGCAGAAGAUUGCAACAACAAGAAGAUUGACUGUCCAGUUCAACCCUCCCUCUUGCUGUGUCCUGGAGAUCAGUAUGCAAGGAAUUAAAAUAGCUGUACAACUCGAUGGACGUGGAGUCUACGAGAAGGCCAGUAAAUGCAGUCACUUUUUUCAACUGAAGAACGUUUCUUUCUGCGGGUAUCAUCCAAAGAACACCAAAUAUUUUGGAUUUAUUACCAAACAUCCUUCAGACCAUCGAUUUGCUUCCCAUGUUUUUGUCUCUGAGGAUUCAACCAAACCAAUAGCCGAAUCAGUGGGGAGGGCCUUCCAGCUAUUCUACAAAGAAUACAUUGAAUACACCUGUCCAACAGAAGACAUUUAUCUGGAGUAGAAGUCUCUGAGCUGUGGGUGUUGCUCUGAACUCCUUGCGGUCUCCUUCUCAAACUCACCAUGAUGCAUGAACAUACUGAGCCAGAGGUCCUAUAUCAUGAUCCAGAA